AGAACCUGCAAAAGGCAAGUGGAAGCAACCUAAGAGCCAAAGGAACGCGAUCGCAUGGCACUGAGGCCAUGACGAAAGACAAGAAGCUGGACUAUCAAGGCCGUGCUUUCUCAGACGGGGAUUUGCAGGAGCUGCCACUGAAAGAUGUGGUCUACCCCUAUGAGGAGGUGAACUUCUCACAGAAUCAGCUUUCUGCAGAAGGCCUCCGCAAGGUGCUGGAGCUGUGCUCGCGCUGCGAGAACCUCCGGAUCUUGAAGCUGUACAAGAACGAUAUCACUGACGAUGGGGCGCAGGCCUUGGGCCGCUUCGUGCGGUGCUGCGAGACCAUGGAGGAGCUCCACCUGUCGCACAACCGCUUCACCGAGCGCGGCGUGGAGGUCUUAGUGAAGGCCGCUGAAGAGGCGCGGCGCCACGCGAAAGUGCCCAUGUGGGUCCGCCUCGAGCAGAACGAUGUGAGUAACCCGGAGAAGGUGAUGGCAGACCUGCAGGACCGCUGCAGUGUUUGCCCGCGGAAGAACCGCAACAAGUGCACCAACCGCGUCUGCAUACACAACUGCAAGGUGCACCUCCCCCACUUUCACUUCCAGCGGGACGAGUUUGGUCAGGCCAACAACGACGGACCACGGAAGCGGAAGUGGCAACAGCCACAGGACGAAGAUUACGACGCUUGGAAGGACACUGACUGGCGCGAGGGCCGCGACGACUGGUUCGAUGGCCGCCCCGAGGCUUUCCGCAAAGUCGGCCCGGACUGGGAGGACAAGACCUGGGACGCACGCCCGGAGCCGCGACCAGCCGGGGUCAAGAUGUCCGGCGGCAUCUUCAUGCGCGCAAUGGGCGCCAUCGUGAAGAAGACGGAUGACGAGGAUGGCAGGCCGUCACCCAGCGUGCCCAGCAAGCCGCGGGUGGUGCCCAAUAACGUGGCUAGCCGGACCUUGAGCAACCUCGGAGUCCUUGAGCGUCGGAAAUCCAAGGUGCAGCUCACAGAAGCUCCCAAGAGCUUCGUCAAGAAGGAGGACGAGGACGAGGAAGACGAGGAUGUGAAUGACGACGAGGUAGAGGAAGAGGAUGAGGGAAAGGCGGCGAGCGAAGAAAAGGAAGUCGAAGAGGAGGAAGAGAUGGAGGAGGAAGAUGAGGAAAAAGCGCCGCCACGAGGCAAGGACCGCGAGGCAGAGGACCACAGGCGGGUCCGGGGGAUGCAUGCGGACCGGGAGGACCGAGGCCGGCGCCGGGAGUCCCCUCGCCGGGAGAGGCGCGAGGCCCGUGACGCCCGUGGCGCCCGUGACGCCCGUGACCGGGGGGCCCCUGCUGGCCGUGAUAGAAGGGACCAGCGGCGCCGACAUGAAGGCCGGCGAGACGAGCGGAGGCAGCCAGAUCGCGCAGAUCGCGAUCGCAGGAGGCGGGAGCCGGAGCGGGACCGCUCCAGGCGACGGAGGUCACGCAGCCGCCGCGCGCGGGAAGAGCCCGAGCGCCGGGAGCGGCAGGAGCGGCGCGAGGAGCGCCAGGAGCGGCGCGAGGAACGGCGGGACGAGCGGCGGGAGGAUCGCAAGGAGCGGCGCGAGGAGCGGCGCGAGGAGCGGCCGAGGCGGAGGGACGAGCGGGCUGCUGCGGGCGAGCGCACGGAAAAGCUCCUUGAGACGAUGCAAGGAACUCGGGAAAAGAAGCGCGAGUCGAAGGCGACGAAGCAGGAGCCGGAUAACAAACAGGCUCCGGCAGUGCCCUUUGUGGCCACCCGGGCCAAGGCCGCUCCCAGGCGGCCGCAGGCAGGCGCCCCGCCUGCGCCCAGGCCCAAGGUGCCAGCGCGUCCAGCGCCGGUGGCCUCUAAGGCCAAGGCAAAAGCCGCUGGCGCCGCGGACAACGUGUCUGAAUACACCUAUACAGAGGCGU